AUGCAUUUAAAUAAAGUUAGAAUAAAAGUUUUAGGUGAUGAAAUUAGUCCAAAUCCUGCAAUAUUAUUAAGUAAUCAUUCAUCAUUAGUUGAUUUUUUUGUCAUCCAACAUUUAUCAAGGUUAUCAACAAGAUCAGAUAAAGACUCAUUCAUAGGAUCAAAUCAAAAGGAUUUAUCAUUACCAAUUGUAAAUUUUUUUUCAUGGUUCCUAGUUUGGAGAAUACCAAAUAUUAAAAUUCUUUUCAAUUUAUUAAAAACUGAUGAAAAUUGGGAAAUUGAAGAAAAAUCUAUACUUUAUAUUUUUGCACAAUUUUUAAGAAGUAAAUUUUUUGAAUGGAUUAUUUUAUUUCCUGAAGUUAAUAUAUGGAGUGAAAAUAAUUACAAUAUACAAAGACAAGUUGGUCAUAAGUACUUUCUACCAAAAUUGGAUAAUUUAUUGUACCCCAGGUAUUCGAGUUUUUAUAAUAUUAUUACUGCUUUAACUAAAUUCAAACCACAUCCGUUUUCAAAUUUAUAUGAUCUAACUUUAAUUUAUUGUCGUCCUGGUGAGAACUCCACUGAAUUAAAUUAUCAGCCUCCUACAUUAUCAGAGAUUUUUGCUUCUUCAAAACCAAUUACUAUUUUAGUAUAUGUUAAAAUUAGAUCAUUAGGUAGAAUACCUCAUAAAAGAAAAAAAUUAGAAAGGUAUUUAGAACAUUUAUGGGUUCAUAAGGAUAAAAUUAUUACUCAAAUUAAAACUGAGAAUAAUAAUUAUAAUAAUUCAAGAGUUUCUGCUGCUACAGGUGCUACAGGUGAUAAUAAUAAUAAUAAUAAUAAUACUAAUAAUGAGCUUAACAUUAAAAAUUCAUCAACUUCAUUUAUUAGAUUACAUAGUAAAAAGAAAAAACCGACUAAAUAA